AUGAACAUCAAACAGUCAACAACAGAUGGAAAUGUUGAAGUGAUGGAAAACUUACUUCGUCAAGGGGGGAUUGGAGAUCAAAAUAGUGACGACUUCAACAAGGACCAUGACAUAGACAUGUCAGAUCACAUACUCCUUGUCCAUGGUGACCUUUUGACGAAGGAAAGGCUGGACACUGUUGGCGGCAGCAGGAGAAUCGAAACAACACCAAAAAACUGCUUACAAUAUGUUGUUUUUCUUCCCAGGCUUUUCCACUACAAGAUGGCAUGUGCGGAUGCUCUAUUCUGCAAUCAGUACCAAUCACACUUUGAUCUAUAG